AAUGCCUGGCCAGGCAGUACAAGUUAUCUCCACAUCGGAGGAGCACACAUUUCUAUUAAAUGAAGAUCAACUGAGUGAGGUGCUGAUGCGUGAAGAGGUCAAAGAUCGCUAUGUUUGUGUGGUCUCGGUGGCCGGAGCCUUUCGCAAGGGUAAAAGUUUUCUAUUGGAUUUUUUCCUUAGAUAUAUGUACUCGAAGUACGUUCGCCACGAUGUCACCGAUUGGUUGGGCGAUGAAAACUCUCCCCUCACCGGCUUCUCCUGGCGUGGCGGUUCAGAACGUGACACCACCGGCAUCCUAAUGUGGUCGGAUAUUUUCCUACACGAUUAUCCAAAUGGUGAUAAAAUUGCUAUUAUCCUACUGGACACCCAGGGAGCCUUUGACAGCCAGAGUACAGUGCGUGAUUGUGCCACAGUUUUCGCCUUGAGCACCAUGUUGUCAUCGGUGCAAAUUUACAAUUUGUCACAAAAUAUCCAGGAGGAUGAUUUGCAACAUCUGCAACUAUUCACAGAGUACGGCCGCUUGGCAUUGGCCGAUUCGGGCAAAAAACCCUUCCAACGUCUACAAUUUUUGGUGCGUGAUUGGAGUUUUCCCUAUGAGGCUGAAUAUGGUGCCGUUGGUGGUGAACAGAUUUUAAAGAAACGUUUGGAAAUAUCCGACAAACAACAUCCCGAGCUGCAAUCACUGCGUCGUCACAUUUCAUCGUGUUUCCAAGAGGUUGCCUGUUUCCUGAUGCCACAUCCCGGCCUCAAUGUGGCCACAAAUCCCAAUUUUGAUGGCCGGCUCAAGGAUAUAACCCCAGAAUUUAAACAAAGUCUACGCAGUUUGGUGCCAAUGCUAUUGUCGCCCGAUAAUUUGGUAUACAAGGAAAUUGGUGGUACACGUAUUCGUGCCCGUGAUCUCAUACAAUAUUUCCAAUCGUACAUGACCAUCUAUAAGGGUGAUGAGCUGCCCGAGCCGAAGAGUAUGUUGGUGGCCACCGCUGAGGCUAAUCACUUGACAGCCAUGGCUGCGGCCAAAGAAAUGUACAAUCAAUUAAUGGAAGAUGUUUGUGGUGGAACCCGGCCGUACUUAAGCACAGGACAUUUGGAGGCAGAACAUUUACGUGUUAAAGAUAAGGCGGUAUUUCAGUUCUUGGCGAAGCGCAAAAUGGGCGGUGAAGAUUUCACAGAAAAAUUCCGUCAACAAUUGGAUGCCGAUCUGGAGGAAAUGUACAUCAAUUAUAAAUCGCACAAUGAGAGUAAAAAUAUAUUUAAAGCUGCCCGUACCCCGGCUGUAUAUUUUGCUGUGGCUGUCAUCUUUUACAUUCUAAGCGGUAUCUUUGGUCUAGUGGGCAUGUAUACAUUUGCCAAUUUCAGCAAUUUAAUUAUGGGCAUAGCUCUAUUGACAUUGGCAUUGUGGGCAUAUAUAAGAUAUAGCGGCGAACUAAGUGAUUUUGGUGUUAAAUUAGAUGAUUUUGCGACGUUACUGUGGGUCAAUUUUAUGAAACCCAUCUAUCAAGGUUGCAUGGAAAAGGGCAUACAACAUGUGGCCACACAUGCGGCUGAACAUGUGGUCGGUGGCGGUAGAACUACAUCGCUGAAUGGCAAGGUCAAAAGUUCAUGAGAAUACGCCAAAAAUGCCAUGCCCAAAAAAGCCCGCGAAACUAAUAAAAACCUAAAUAAAAAUAAUAAUUCUAAUAGUGGUAGUGGUGGUGGUGAAGGAAGAGGAGGUGGAGGAGUAGGGGCUAAGCCCAAGGCAAAUAAUGAAAAAGGGCCAC